GGAGAACUAGAUGAUAAAUGCAUUUUCACUUCUUGGUAACGCGAGUGAGAGGGGCGAGACCUAGAGUAGUUACUUUCAUUUGCUAUAUUCUAUUUAUUUAGAUAAAAUCAUACAUGAAAGCAAGCUUUGUUUUUAUGAUGUUAUAGUUGUUCAAGUACGGUGUACAUCGAACACUGAACUAAAAAUAUUUCGGCAAUCAUAUCCUGUAAAUUUUUACGGGAGACAUAAGUCGCGAAGAAUCGGCGGCUUAAAGACCGAAGAUCGCCUUGAAACAUAGCAAAUGUGGUUGCCGUAGGAUUAAACCAGUCUUCCAUCUUAAAGACGACUGUUUCGCCAUGGCCCAGUGGGAGAAAGUGAAGAGUCUGCCCCCUCAGUCCCUCAGCGAGCUGUACCCCGCCGAGUUCCCCAUGGAGGUCAGAUAUUACCUGGCCAGAUGGAUUGAGGAUCAGCCCUGGGAGAAGUUCAACGUGGACGACCCCAGUCAGGAGCCACAGGCCCUGCAGAUCCUUGAGCAGAUCAUCUCCUUCCUGCAGGGUAUCGCUCAGCAUAAUGUCAACGUGGUGGAGCGACUCAGGCUGCAGCACAUCGGCACGAAGAUGAGUGAGUUCCAGUCCCAACCCCUGUUGCUUGUGAAGACGGUCCAGAACAUCUUGAGAAAGGAGAGAGAUCUGUUGUCUCAGAUGGCUGUCACUUCUCAUCAAAACCCUCCCCAGCCGUGCCCACCGGCCUCCUCACCCCAUGGGACAGGAGUGCCUGGGAGAGAGGAUGGACCUCAGGACCUGACUGUAUUGAUCAUGAAAAUCACAAAAAUCCGGGAGGAGCUCCAUCUUCUGAAAAGCGAAAUGCUGAAAGUACAAGAGUCUGAAUUACCGGAACAAGUCAAGAAGACCCAAAUCCACAAAAUGGAAUUUAGUGGCCAAGCCGGCUCCCUGAAGCGGAUUCAGAUGCUGCAGGAGGCCAUACACGGCCUGGACCACUACCAGGUCCAUCAGCUUCACAAGAUACAGACAUGGCGGAGGGAUCAGCACUUGGCCACAAUCGGAGGCCCGCUCAAUGAGGAUCUGGGGCCCCUCCAGACAUGGUGCGAACACUUACUUGGAAUCAACAUGAAGCUCAGAGAGGAAGUCCUACUGGCAGUGCAGGACUGUAUAGGAGCAGAGAUAAUCCGAGAGUGCCAGGAGAGAUUGGACGUGCUUCUCCAGACACUCAUUCAAAGCUCCCUAAUAGUCGACAAGCAACCGCCGCAGGUGGUGAAAACGCACUCCAAGUUCUCCACCUCUGUCCGGCUGCUGCUGGGAGAGAAGAUGGCCCCGGGACGCCCCGUACAUCUCAAAGCCCAGAUCAUCACGGAAGUGCAGGCCAGGAACCUGGUUCAGAUGGGAGCCAUGCCAUCGGAGAAUGUCGGAGAGCUGGUCAGCAAUACAGCCGUCAUGGAACACAAUGCAGCUAACAAGAGCACAUGCGCCAUCUUCAGGAAUAUGUGCAUAAAGAAAAUCAAGAGGGCCGACCGCAGGGGGUCAGAGUCGGUGACAGAGGAGAAGUUCGCCAUCCACUUUUCAGGAGAUGUUGCCCUCAUGGGCUGCGAAUUGCCAUGCAAAGUGCAGACUCUGUCUUUCCCCAUCGUUGUGAUUGUUCACGGCAGUCAAGACAUAAACGCCAUGGCUACUAUCAUCUGGGACUGUGCCUUCUCUGACUUUGAUCGGGUCCCGUUUGUGGUGCCCGACCGGGUGCCUUGGAAGGAGAUGUGCAUAACCCUGGACAAGAAGUUUAUGUCCGAGGUACAAACACAGAGAGGCCUGGACGCCUACAACCACCACUUCCUCGCCCAGAAGAUCUUCAACAAGCCCGAGUACAAGGACGACUUCAGCAACAUGCUGGUUUCCUGGUCUCAGUUCAACAAGGAGAUGCUGUCAGGCCGGACCUUCACCUUCUGGCAGUGGUUCGACGGCGUCAUGGAGCUUUCAAAGAAGCACCUCCGAAACUACUGGAGUGACGGAUUGAUAUCCGGCUUCAUUGGCAAACAGCACCUACACGUAAUCUUGCAAGAAUGUCCCAAUGGCACGUUCCUGCUGCGAUUCAGCGACUCUGAGAUCGGUGGCAUCACCAUCGCCUACGUCGCCCAGUCCGAGAAUGGGGGCAGAAGAGUCCAGAACAUUCAGCCGUUCAGUAAGAAGGACCUGGAGAUCAGAUGCCUUGGGGACCGCAUUCGAGACAUUGAGGCUAUCACAGUCCUGUACCCCAAUUUUCUUAAAAAUGAAGUCUUUAAAAAAUACUACACAGAUGAGCAGAAGAUGGAGGGCCGUGGAUACAUUGGGGUUUCAAUUCGGACCAAAGUUGAGGACCCAACCGCACACCCCCCCUUGGACCCCCAACAGGAAAUCGCCCUUGCCCCCAGUCUGUCCCCCUAUCCUCCAGACAAUGUCUAUCCACCUGAAGCUCCACCUCCUCAACCAGACCCAUCAAUAUUUUACCCAGGGAAUUGUACAAAACAAUUGCCCAUCGUACACUUCAGCCAACAGCCUCCCUAUCAAAAUGAUACCGGAGGGGCAUUUGUGCCAUAUUCAGGGCCCUUCACUGACCCGGAGGGCAACAGCAUCUUCUCUCCAGCAAACACGACACCAAGCCCUGGACCAUCUCUGCAUGACAUGGACCUUGAAUUCCCUAUGCUCGACCCAGACAUGUACGGAGUUCCACCUGUUGCCAUGACUACAAUCGGUUCACCUUUGGACCAAACAAAAACAAAUUCCGCUUCAAAGUUCUAAAUUCCCAUGCACUGCAAGUGAAGAGAUUUUUUAUACAGUGCAAAGGAGAGCACGGCUUUAAGUGAUUCCAUUACAGCUGUGAACACAGAACUGCUAUUUUAGUGUUUAUAUCUCCUCCAUCAGGUGGAAUGUUUUUUUUAGACCAUAAUAUCACAAACUGUUUGGAAAUUGUAUGUGGGGUGAUUCUCAGCACGGUACACUAAGGACAUAGUGCAGCUACUGCCCUCCACAAACCUGUUGGAAUCCACACACAGUAAACAAAACAGAAGGUUGAUUUACCAGCCAGUGGAGAAGGUGAUCUGAAACCCUUUCUCAUAGGUGGGGAGAUAAAUGAUUUUUUUUUUUUAAAAAAAAGAAAGAAAAAGAAAAGAAUGCACAAGGAGAUUUUUUGAAUUUAUAUAGUUUCAGGAUUUAUGUUAUACAUCCAUAUUGUCUGUCCUCUGAUACAUUUUUCUGUAUAUUAAAUUCUGAGGUAUUAAUUCUCCUUUGUAUCUUUUUGUAUUAUGAAAUAAUAGUAUUGAACCAAUGCUGGCCUUGUAAAUUACUCAGGAUAAUACCAUCUGCAAAAAAAUAAAUAACAUUCACAUAUCA